AUGAGGAUAGCUCCAACAACCCCGCCAAGAAAACCACUAAGGAAAGCUGAGAAGGAGAAAAAGGCCGAGGAAGACGAAGUAUCGACUUCCGUCACUAUUGUCGGAAACUGGGUGGUGCGUCGAGUAGCUGUCGUGGAAUAUGGCGAGUGGAAAGACAGUGAUCAAGUGAACAAGUACAGCACGGCCAUGGAAGGCUCUAACAAUGAGGGUAUGGAGGCCAAACUGGAGGGUAUAGUUGCUGAGGUGAAGAACAUCAACUGUGAAGUGAAACGUAUCAACAGAUAUUUAGAGAGGAGCAGCGGCCAGAAAUGGUUCAGCAGGAGACCAUUCGGAAAGACCCGUGUGCUGAUCAACACCACCCUGUUCUCCCUGAGGGAUGUGGACACCGUCAAGCAGGAGUUCUCGGCAGAACUCUGGUUCGAGACAUUCUACAAGGACUCGCAUCUCACGGGACUGAAAGACAGGGAUGAGGUGGACUGGGACAAUCAGUGGGACCCAUGGAUUGAGUUGAGGAACACAGUGACCAUUGAGAAGGACGUGACGCGACAGAGCCUGAUCCCGGUGGUGGGAAGGGAGGUGCCCAUCGUGCACGCCUUCAGGAUGGUACGGGCAACCUUCAAGGCGGACAUGGACCUCGCCGACUUCCCUUUCGACCACCAGAAACUGACUAUCAAACUGAUGUCAGGCUGGUCAACUAAGAGGGUGGAGCUGAGAAAGAACCUGGGGUGCAUCGACAACAUUACUGGUGACGACUUUACAGAUGGCGAACAGUGGGAGCUGAGUGAAUAUCUGGAGUGCAAACAUGACGUCAAAGAUAUCAAGCAGCAGUCCAAAACCUCCGGCGAGUACCCAUUAUACACCAUCACUGCGCAUGUGCAAAGGAAGACGGGUUUCUACAUGUGGAACAUCGUGCUGAUAUUGGCCAUCAUCACGGCCCUCUCGUCCGUCUCCUCGUUCUCCAUCCCGCUAGAACAGCACAGCGACCGCCUCGUCAUCACUUUCACCCUCCUGCUCACCACCGUGGCCUUCAAGCUGGUGGUGUCCCACUACCUACCCACCGUCCCCUACCUGACUUUGCUGGACAGGUAUGUACUGGCGUGCAUCAUCUUCCAGUCAUUCGUGGCUGUGGAGAACAUUUCGGCCUCGAUCAGCAGCUACGUUGACAAGUACAGCGCCUGGCUGAUUGACAAGAUCUUUUUGGGCAUAUUUAUGUUCGCGCUUCUCUGUGUACACCUGUACUUUAGGAAGGAAGUUUUGGGGACGAUGAACAAGACCAAAGGAAAGAUGCAAAGGAUAGAAGAGGAGUUCAAGCGUGUCAAGAGACGAACUGACGAAGCCUACGAGAGGCGUGACAAGACACAACAAGGAAGCACUGACACCAACCUGAUCAUCACGGGAUUUACUUAUAAAGAGGUCCAGCAGUUUGAGUCCUGGAGACCUGAAGAUGAAACAAAUCCUUUGAUAUUUGAUGUGGACGACGGCAACCCAACCGAGAUGGAGACUCUGAUAUAGGCAAGGGCGUGUACGGCCCCUGCGACUGAGUGAGCUCCACUAUAAUGAUGCCUACACUUCCUACCUUCUCCAAGAGGGUUAU